AUGGCUUCCAACGGCUCGUUGCGAAACGUCAAAGGAACAAGCGAAAAUGGAACCCAGAAGUAUGGUCUCUUCAUUCGCGACACAAAGUCGGCCAAACCACAGGCGAAAACCGGAACGCAAUUCUCUUUGGGCAAGAAGCUCUCUGUAGCCAAAGCCUUCAACGCCUCCGAUUCCGACUCCGACUCGGACAAACGUACCGACCAAGGGAUCACAUCCUUUGGAGGGUCUUCUUCCUCUUCGGCCUCUGCAGCCGCAAAAGCAGCGCGGGAUGAACAAAAACGUGUGAAUUUGGAGUUGAGGGCGGUGCAGGCUAAAGGAGACAAGCGGGCUGAGGAGGCGCAUAAGAAGGCUUUGCAACAGGAUGCGAGUGUGUUUGAUUAUGACGGCGUAUAUGAUAGCUUGAAGGAGAAGGAGAUAGCUGUCAAGAAGGGAAGGGAUAACCCUGAUGGGGGGGCUAUCAAAAAGCCACGAUACAUGGAAGCUCUUAUCAAGGCCUCCGCACAACGUAAGAUCGACCUGGAGCGAGCCGAGCUCCGUAAGGUUCAGCGCGAACGCGAGGAGGAAGGCGAAGAGUUUGGCGACAAGGAAAAGUUUGUUACUGGCGCAUAUAAGCAACAGAUGGCAGACCUGAAGAAGAUCGAAGAGGAGGAGAAGCGGCGAGAGGCAAUGGAAAAGGAUGUCACAAAGGGUGGAGAUUUGACAAGCUUCUAUAGGGACAUUCUGAAUCAAAGGGAUCCGACCCUGGUGGUGCCGAAAGCUAAGGAGGAGCAAGCUGUCGUGAAGAUAGGGGAUGGUAGUAUAGCAGCCGACAGGGAUACGAGUCAUGAUAGGAACCCAACCGAAGCGGAUGAUGAGGACGAAGCGGAAGCCCAACGGACGAAAGACGCAAUCGCAAAAGGGUUGAUCCAAGUCAACGACUCUAACGAAGUCGUCGACAAGCGCCAGCUUCUAGUCGGCGGCCUGAAUGUCUCCUCCCGCUACAUCAAGCGCCAGCAACAAGAAAAGGAAGAACGAGAUCGCAUCCAACGGGAGAGAGAAGCCCAAGAGCAACUCCGCCGCGCCGAGGAACAGAAGCGCGCACAGGAGCGCAAUGCCUCCCGGGAGCAGCACGCGAGAGCACGCGAGAUGGUCCUGCGCCAGCAGAGGGAAAAGGAGGACGAAAGCAAAAAGAGGAAGGAGAUGGAGCGGGAGGAGUUGGAGAAGAAAUUGGCGAGGAAGACUACUGAAGAUACGGUCUCGGAUGCUAGGGCGAGAUACCUGGCGCGAAAGAAGGCGCAGCCCGUUCGCGAGGAAUCAGAUUCGGAUUAG